AUGACAAACGAUACACCUCACAACUCCACCGAAACGCGGGAAACCCGUGGUACCUGGUUGCGGAAGUCCGACGAUGUGAAGAUCGAGUUCGGCUUCGGAAUGCCUUUGGGAGCCAUGUCAGCACACCCCGCAUUCCAUUCCGCGUGGGACCUCGGCUGUCCGUCAUCAAGUUUCCAUCAAAUGGCGAGAAUGAUGGACCGCAUGAUGGCGGAGAGUCUCCAGCCCUUCGGUUUCGCCCGAGUGACUGCACGGAGACACGGAGACAACAAGAACCAAGAGCCACCCAGAGAUGGACUUCGAACCGAGAGGAGUGCGGUAAAGAAGGACAAAACACGUCCCGAUACGCACGUCGCCACCGGCACUCGACACCCGCCUACACAAGUUGUCAGGCCGACACAAGCGACCACCUUUCAAGAGUCAUCCAUGGAUCAAGCCAAGCAAACGGACCCAACUACGGAAAAGUGGGCGGGAACACUUCGUAGACGCGACCCUGAUAUACAGCCUACUCUACCUUCAAUCGUCUCCCGAAAGACAUCGUCGACAUCAGCCUCCGUCGGCAACAGUAGAAAAUGCCGAUCCGUAGAAAGAAUUCCACGACCCAAGCGACAACUGGCACCAAUAAAACCAAUACGAAAGUCCGACGGUCCCACCUACGGUGAUGUGACUAUUCUGGAGAAGGAUGAGAAAGUGUUUGAUACAAGCGGUUAUGAGUUACAUCUAGUUGAAACACUGGAGAGAGAUAUAUUGCAAAAGAAUCCAGACGUACGCUGGAAGGAUGUUAUCGGGCUGGACGACGCUAAGGCGGUUUUGCAAGAGGCGAUGGUGUUGCCACUGGUCAUGCCUGACUACUUCAAGGGUAUACGUCGUCCAUGGAAAGGCGUGCUCUUAACUGGUCCUCCGGGUACGGGGAAAACGCUUCUAGCCCGCGCAGUGGCUACAGAGUGUCGAACUACCUUCUUCAACGUAUCCUCCGCUACUCUCACUUCGAAGUAUCGGGGUGAUUCGGAAAAACUUGUGCGACUACUUUUCGACAUGGCAUCGUUCUACGCGCCCAGCACUAUCUUCAUCGACGAAGUGGACUCACUGUGCGCGGUUCGCGGUGCCGACUCCGAGCAUGAGGCGUCGCGACGCUUCAAGGCGGAACUGCUAAUACAGAUGGACGGGCUCGCCGCUGUUUUCAAUCAAGACAAAGUAAUAAUGGUGCUGGCAGCCACAAAUCAUCCGUGGGAUAUCGAUGAAGCCUUUAGGAGACGUUUCGAGAAAAGGAUAUACGUUGGCCUUCCUGAUGAGGCCACAAGAAUUAAACUCCUUAAGCUCUGUCUUCGUGAGGUGACACUCACAGAUGACGUAGACUUUAAUGAAUUGGCAGCAAAACUCGACGGCUACAGCGGCUCAGACAUUUGUAACAUAUGCAGAGACGCGGCAAUGAUGACAAUGCGUCAGAAAAUUGCCGGCAAAAGUCCAGACCAAAUACGCCGAUUGAAACAGGCGGAACUCGAAGCUCCAGUUUCUAAGGAAGAUUUGAACGCGGCAGUUGAAAAAACACGGCGCACUGUCAGUGCGAAUGACGUUGCACGAUACACUAGCUGGAUACAACGCCAUGGCUGCUCCUAG